GCAACAGGGAGGGGGGAUGGGGGCAGGCUAAAUAAAUAAGAUUGCGCUAAUAUAAAAUGAAGAAAUUUUAGCCGCAUGUCGUGUUGCCACAUACUACACCUGACGAACCCAGAGAUGAAGGUGUUUAUGACUGGCGCAGUUAUAAACGCGUCAGUGCGUCUCGCUUGUUUUUAACUUAAUGAGGAAGAAGCGGCAUCAAAGAGAAAAGUGCCAGCAGAUGUGCCAGCUCCUUGCAGACCGAAUCAAUCACUUAUACAUCUUUGGCCGUGAGAAACAGAUUUCACCCAGAUCACAAUAUUCCUUCUUCUUCCUUAUCUAGAGGUCUCCUGUCCCCACCAUCAUGUCUGUGUCUGAUGGAGCAAGCUUUUCUGCAGAUAAGCUCACAUGUCCCAUAUGCCUGCAGCUGUUCUCUGAGCCCAUUUCUCUUCCCUGUGGUCACACCUAUUGUUUUCUCUGCCUUAAGAACAUGGAAGAAGGACUUGACCAACACAGGUGCCUAGAAUGUCAGGCUGAGUACCAGGGAACCACUGCUCUUAUGAAAAACUUAAAAAUGACCAAAUUCAUAGAGGCCUACAAAGUCACUGCUGAGAAAGGUUUUGCCCCUGCAGAUCUUCCUGCUGUCAUCCAUGUAACAUCCAAGAGUAUGUGUAAUUCUGCUUUGGAUCAGUCAGAUGGACAAAGUCAGUGCUAUGGAGAAGAAAACAAGACAAACAGAGGUUGUGAGACUGGCUCUGGAUUCAGAGGCACUCGCUGUAAUCCGACGCAAGCAAAAAUCAGCAGCAAAGGCAAAAUGGAAAUGGACGAGCCCAAGUUUAAACUGGCAUCUCAAGUCACAGAGUUACACAUCAAACUAGAGAUCGCAGAAGGUGUUCUGAUGAAAGAAAGGGAAUGGGAGCUUCAGGUGACAACUUCUAAUUCUCAGUUGAGAGAGAAAAUAUCGAAGCUGCUGGGACAGAUGAAGGACUCCUUGCAGAGCUACAGUGACCAGGUGAUGCAGAUGGUCGAGAAGGAGUUAGGUCCAGGUGAAGAAAGCAUCCGCGCUCGAGUCGGUCAAGCGUCUGAGCUGGCGAAACAGCUGAGGCACACUGUGCUUACAGCUGAAUCCCUACUGACUGAAGAGGAUGAAAAAGCCUUUAGUGAUGAGCUUCAAAGUCUAAAUGCAAACAUUGCAGAGGUGCUAGAAAAACCACUGAGAGAGGAUGAAGACUUUCUUGAAACAAAGGUCAACUUUGCCUAUGCCUGUCCCAAACUGGAAAACAUGAACACUGUCCUGAGGGAACAACUUGGAGAGACUCAGCGCUCCCUUCGAACCACCUUCAACCCUUCAGAGCUGACCUUUGACCCAGAAACGGCUCAUCCUAAUCUCGUUCUAUCAGAGGAUCUGAAAACGGUAACAUUCAGCACUGUGAAGCGGUCCUACACGCCCUCACCGCAGAGGUUCACCAGCUUUUACCAGGUGCUCAGUGCACAAAGCUUCUCAGAAGGCGAACACUGCUGGGAGGUGGAGCUCGAAGGUUCUCCAUGGAUCAUCGGCAUGUGCUACAGUGGGAAGAUGCCACGCAGUGGGAUGCCAUCCGCCCUGGAAAGCAGCCAGAGCUCCUGGUGUCUGAUGUGGUAUGAUAACCUGCUAACCGCUUUUGAGCAAGGUCACAGCGUGCCACUAAAGAAAACCACAGUGUCACGCAGGCUUGAAGUCAAGCUGAGCUUCAAGACACACAGGUUGAGCUUCUACAACAUCAGCCCCACCAGUGGGAAGACUCAUAUCUACACCUUUAAGGCCAAUCUGAGUGAAGCUGUGCACCUCGCCUAUAGGAUGAUGUCAGGACACCCCAAAGGCAGAGUCACAAUUUGCUCAUAAAUGGAAGUUUUCAAAAUCAGCACACAGGAGAAAUAGCUAGGUAAAUCCAUUCACAAAGCAAAAGUUGAGAAAAGAUUUCUGUAAUUAUAUAAUUACAGAAAUAUUGCCAUCUGUAAAAUGAAAUCAGUAAGAAAAAGAAACAGAUAAAGCAAAAUCAUCUGGGAUAUAAAUAUGUGGGAUUGAGAUUUUGAUUCCUGUGCAAGAUUGUGAGAUCUCUGCAGUUUACAUAAAUACUUGAGGAGGUCUUUUUUUGUUUGUAUGUUUUUUGGUUUGUUUGUUUGGGUUUUUUUUUUUUUUUUUUUUGGUUUA